CAUUCAUCUUCUUUCUCACAACCUCGAUGGACAAUACCACCGAUACGGACUCAAGCUCGGCGCCACCUCUCAAGAGAAAGCGUGUGGUGACGGCAUGCUUGGAGUGCUACAGGCCUCAACCCACUGCUCUGCAAUUCAAGCAAUUCGAACCUCACUCACCUGCCUCGGCCGAAGAAGAUCUUCCCGUCUCGGAAGCAGUCUCAAAUGGCACUGCACUUUCCUCUUUCUAUGACGUUCAUGCUUUCACAGAUCUGAAGAAGACGUCCUCUGAUCAAAGUAAACCCUGUUCAAAGUUUUGGGUCUUUGCUGCUCAACUGCCGGACCCUCGUAUCAUGACAAUAGCAUUCAGAUACUACUUUGAUGAGGUACACUGGCGCUACAAUGUUGGUCAAAAGUGCUACAUGGACAGGCAACUCGAAGAAUGGAAGGUCGUGAUAUGCACGCCUGCUUCGCGACAAACUGGAAUCAACAAGGGUCUGCCAUAUUUCGUGGCCUUCUCGUUCGAGCUGCUCGCUGUAAUUCUUCAAUACAUGCGACCCGAUAGAGAUAUAGCUCGCCGACUUCACGCAACUGAUGCAAAAUCAGCUACUCACAUGUCUCGAAGGUACCAUGAUAUAGCAUCGGAACUUAUGCUGCUACUUGGUCGACACAAUGGUACGAUUGCUGUCGUCGAUUAUGAUCUACUCAGAGCAAGUUGGCUGAAGAACAAUGGUCAUGGGAUUGAGAGUUGGUACGCCAUCAGUGAUGGAUUGAAUCUCCACCGUGAGCCACGGUCUCUGGCUAAACUUCAUGACUCGUCGGAGACUCUCGAGCAGUUCUGGUUCCAAGAAUACGGAAGACGAGUCUGGAUCAAUUUGUUCUGCUGGGACUCUGGAACAGCAAUGAAUCUCGGUCGCCCACGCAUGAUCAAUGCAAAAGAUUGCGACAUUAUCCUGCCUGUGGAUCAAUCAUUUCCAGACGAUCCUUCUCAGACCGUACCAAAUCCAAAGGAUGAACACACGCCCUCACCUCUAUCUUUGCUUCUUGUUCGCUACAGUAUCGCUGGCAAGGUUCAUGAGAUCCGCGAGCAAGGCUUAGACAAGCAGGACGCAGAUUAUAGCUCAGUAUGGGCUUUCCAUGGACAACUCACCAAUCUGCUGGAUGGCCUGCCUUCGUACCUCAAUCCUAUUAAGCCUGCAACUUAUUUGGACUCCAGUUUCACAUAUCUGCCGCUACACAGAGAAGAAGCACUGAGCCAAUUGAACCUCGUCAUCAUGGAACUACAUCGUCCUUUCAUCGCAACACAUCCGGAGAGUCGAGAUGCCGCUUCGAAAGCUGCUACUGGCUCCAUCGAUAAUCAGAAGGCCUUGAUGGAGCUCUCGGGUCGACAUCACUACAUCUACUUUGGUUUCGGGUUUUAUACGACCAACGCAGCAAUCAUGCUCUCAGCAAUCGCCCUAAUUUACCCGGACGAGAACCAAGUCAAGAUUAUUGAAUCGAAAGUACAGCAGGCUCUUUCAAUCGUCAUCGAAAUCCAGGCUGCCAAUAUAGUUGCGCGAGCGGCAGUGCCUGUCAUACAACGACUUUACGAUAAGAUUCGAGGUUCUUCCCAGGGAUAUUCCUCUGGCUCUACCACACUGAGCAGCCCUCAAUCGGUCCUGAGCCAGAAUAGUGGUUACAUACAUAUGGCGACCUCUUCGAUGGAUCUUGCUCCUGUUGAACCUGUCGGCGCCGAGUUCAUGCUCGAGAACGCAGGAGAUCUAGCGCUCCAAGAUUUCACAGCAUCACCUGCUUGGAACGACAUGUCUCAGAUCAAUGAUUUCGACGCUACUUUCUGGCUUGACCAGCUUAACAGAAUGCCAGAAAAUAUGCCAUUGGAUGGGGUCGUCGGACAGAAUAUUAUGUGGCAG